AUGAGAUCUUACAACAAUGUUCCACAGCCACAUGCUAUCCUAUAUUACUCCCAGAGAACCACCAAGGGAGGGCUUCUCAUAGCGGAAGCCAUCGGUGUUUCUGACACAGCCCAAGGGUAUCCGCAAACACCCGGUAUAUGGACAAAAGAACAAGUUGAAGCUUGGAAACCCAUUGUAGAUGUUGUUCAUGCCAAAGGUGGAAUCUUCUUUUGUCAGAUUUGGCAUGUAGGGAGAGUUUCUAAUCAAGAAUUUUCACCUCCACGACGAUUAAGUACCCAUGAAAUUCCUGGAGUUGUCAAUGAUUUUAGAAUUGCUGCAAGGAAUGCUAUGGAAGCUGGCUUUGAUGGUGUUGAAAUCCAUGGGGCUCAUGGUUACCUAAUAGACCAGUUUAUGAAAGAUCAAGUCAAUGACAGAACUGACGAGUAUGGAGGGUCUCUGGAGAACCGUUGUCAGUUCGCUCUAGAAAUUGUUGAAGCUAUCAGUAAUGAGAUAGGAGCAGAUAAAGUUGGCCUUAGGCUAUCUCCUUUUGCAAAUUACAUGGAAUCAGGAGAUUCAAAUCCUAAAGCCCUGGGUCUUUAUAUGGCUGAAUCAUUGAAUAAAUACGGUAUUCUCUACUGCUACAUGGUUGAGCCAAGGAUGGUAACUGUUGGAGAAAAAAGCGACUGCCCCCACAGUCUUCUGCCCAUGAGAAAGGCAUUUCAUGGUACUUUCCUUGUCGCAGGGGGCUAUAAUAGGGAAGAUGGUAUCAAAGCUAUGGCUGAAAACCGUGCAGAUCUUGUUGUUUAA